GGGCGGAAACCGGGCAGGGUACGGUACGUCAAUAAAAUAAUUUUCCUUCUUUUUUGCGUGUUACCAGUUACCAUCAAGAUAAUAUGUAACCCCUUCACCGGCGUCAAUUCUGCUCAUGAUACUCUAAAAUUCCGAAAGCAUAAAUAUUUUCCAAGGUUGGGGAUUCUGGUGUUGUUUGAUAUGAUUCUGAUGAGUGCAUUUACAAGUUUAAGACGAGUUUCAAUCCUUAGUCGCCAUUUUGUUGGCGUUCAACAAACGUCUAAUCGACUACGUGCUUUGAGCAGGAUGGCGGUGAACGAAGACGGGAAACCUACGGCGGGGAUCAUAAUCAUUGGUGAUGAGAUCUUGAAAGGCCAAACACUUGAUACCAACUCACACUUUAUCUGCACUGAACUCUACAAGCUGGGGGUCAGAGUUGAAAGGGUCUCUGUAAUCCAUGAUGAUUUAUCAGUUAUUGCUGAAGAGGUUGCUUCUUUCUCCAAACGCUACACACAUGUUAUCACAUCAGGGGGCAUCGGGCCUACGCAUGAUGAUGUCACUUUUGAAGGUGUAGCCAAGGCCUUUGGAGAGGAGAUAGUCCCACACCCUGAGCUGGUGAAGUUAUGUAAAGAUUACUUUGGUGCCAACAGCUCACUGGACUCACCGCAACUCAAGAUGGCUCUGGUUCCGAAGUCUUCGACCCUGACGUUCGGUACCAACCUCAAGACAGGGCAGAAGAUGCUGUACCCAAUCAUCUCGGUCAAGAAUGUCUACAUCUUCCCUGGCAUUCCAAAGCUCCUAGAGGGCGCUUUCCUCUCACUCAAGGAGAAAUUAUUCCAAGGAUCUCCUGUCCACUUCCAUCUUCGAGAGAUUUACGUCGGCACACAUGAGAUAGCCAUAGCUCCAUACCUUAACCAGUUCAAUGCCAAGUACAAUGGAAAAGUACAUCUUGGGUCUUAUCCAAAGCUUAGCCACAGUUACUACACAGUCAAGGUGACGUUAGAAUGUGAAGAUGAAGAGACGUUAAACGAGGCCCAUAGUGAACUUCUCUCUUUGCUACCUCAAGAGCACAUUGUAAACUUUGAGCUAGACCCUAUCGGUAAGGCUCCGGAGGCCGUCUACAGCCUAGCAUCUCUCACGGACCAAACUAGUCCUGGGACUACCCAACUAGAAUCCAGCACAAGUAGUCCAGCCACCUGCAUUGCCAGUGACAGUGCAACGGGAUCAGAGGACCUGUUAUCAGCUAGAGUCGCAGUAGCAGUUCAAGGUAUUCAGGCCUCAUAA